AUGGCUUCCCAAACCCUUGAUAAUUCGAGACAACCACUGCUAAGCAAUGACCCUGAAGUCUUUGGGUCUGCUACUAGCCAUCGAAGCGAAGCCGAGUCAGAACCUACUAGAAUUCCUGACGACGACUUUAUGACAGAGACUGGAUUUAAUACUGUCACCGGGCAUAAGAAGAUCGAUCCAACCUUGUGGGAAAAGGAUGCUGGACCGGGGGACAGUGUAGAAGCGGCCAUGUACGAGCUGCCGUUAGUCAUCACUUUGACCAUGAACUAUUCGAAUGGCUUCAUGAUUACUUCGAAGAAUGGACUCUGGUCGAUUCAUAAGCUUGACAGGACCAUGAGAAGCAAGCUGAAAGACUUCCUUCAGAUACGUGGUGUUUAUUUGGACCAUAGAGGUAAGAAAAACAUCUCAGAAGGAUUAGUCGAAUUGCUUCAGAUGGAUAUUCCCCCAAGAUGGCCAGAUGACAUGAUCGCCGGCAAGAAAUUUGACUCAAGAUCAAGGAUGGCCUUAGGUCAACAAGCUCAGUUAACACCAAGGAGUGACACCACCCCGCUAGCUAAGAGAAUUGAGAAUCAUAAUAGGGAUCACCUCAUUGGAUUGCCUUAUUCUGACAAGGAAAAGGAAGAGACAACACUCGGGAGAGAUCCAGAGAGAAGAAUCAACAAUAACCCCCUACAGCUGGAGACUCAUGUCCGAGAUCUUGAUAGUCAUACACCCUUGACUGGUGCCAAUGCAGUGCCGAUAGGGACACCGGCCCCCAGUCCAAUCAAGAUAUCUACCACACCACCUCCGCGUCCCUCUACGUCGUUGACAUCUGCGAGGCAACUUGAUGAGUACAUGAGAUUGCCGCCUACAGAGUAUGAACAAGAGGAUAUUGACCCGUCGUUGGCCGCAAAGUUUUCCAAGGCAUGGGACAAGGCAGAGAGUUAUUCAGGAGAACGAUAUGAUAUCCUAGACGACAAAGUCCUUGCUUUCCUGAGAGUUUGUCGAUUGAUUGGAGUACAAUUAACGCAAUGUUGGAUACUCUUUCCCGAGAUGCUUUCUGGGCGUGUAAAAACCUACUAUAUGCACUAUAUUGGUCAAGAUGCUUCAUUUACAGAUGCAUACAAAGCUAUAAAGGCGUACUUUGACAUGGAUUCCAAUCAUCGGGUGUACUACCAGGACUAG